AUGUGUGAUGAGUAUUUUGAUGACUCUUUCCCCUAUACUGUUCACUUUAAGAACUCAUCUUACCCAAAGACGGCUUCAUGGGGGAAUGAUUCAAAUUGUUGCUUGUGGGAUAGGGUCACGUGUAACUCCAUGUUAGGCCACGUGAUUGGCCUUGAUCUCAGUUGUAGCUGGCUUCAAGGUCAACUCCAUCCACAUAGUAGCCUUUUCCAACUUUCUCAUCUCCAAACACUCAACUUGGCUUGCAAUGAUUUUAGUGGGUCCUUGAUAUCAUCUCAGUUUGGUGAGCUUUCUACUCUCACUCAUCUCAAUUUAAGCUACUCUAGUUUUAGUGGUGAAAUUCCUUCCAAAAUUGCAUAUUUGUUUAAAUUGGUCUCUCUUGAUUUGUCUUGGAAUGGAUUUUCCUCAUUUGAGAAGUGGAAUCCUUUGGGACUUGAACCAUCCACAUGGGUGAAGCUCAUUCUAAACAUGACUAAUGUACGAGAACUUGCUUUAGAUGUUGUAAAUAUGUCUUCCAUUCCACCAAGCUCCUUGUCUUUACUCAUGAAUUUGUCAUCCUCUUUGGUCUCCCUUAGACUUCAAGAUACUGAGUUACAGGGAAAUAUCACAAGUGACGUUCUUUGCUUAAAAAAUCUUCAGCAACUAGACUUAUCAUGGAAUGGAAAUCUCAAUGGUCAACUUCCAAAGUCCAAUUGGAGCUCUCCUUUUUCAUUUUUGGAUCUUAAUGACACAUCUUUCUCAGGAACAGUGUCUAAUUCCAUUGGCCAGUUGAAAUAUCUUAAUCAUUUAGAUCUAAGUUGGUGUAAAUUUGAAGGGCAGGUUCCUACAGACUUCAAGAAUCUCACCCAACUAACUUAUUUGGACAUUUCUUCCAACAAGUUUAUUGGUGAGAUCUCAUUCCUUUCAAACCUACAACAUCUCACUUACUUAAGACUAGGAAAUAAUAAUUUUUUUGGUGAAAUCCCAUCUGAAAUGUCACAGUUGUCUAAAUUGGCCUCACUUGACUUGUCUUGGAGUUCUGGUACAAUGGGGAGCUCAUCACUUAGACUUAAACCAUCUACUUGGGAAAAGUUAGUUCUAAAUAAAACCAAUUUAAGGAAACUUGGGUUAGAUCAUGUGAUCAUGUCUUCUAUUACACCAAACACUUUUUCUCGACUCAUGAAUUUGUCGUCAUCUUUAAUUUAUCUUUCUCUUGGAGAAACUUCUUUGCAAGGUGAUAUCACAAAUAGCAUUUUCCAUUUAGAAAAUCUUAAAUAUCUAGAUAUGAGUAGGAAUACAAAUGUUAAGGUUCAACUUUCAAAGCUCAACUGGAGCUCUCCUCUAAUUUACUUGCAACUCAGUGGCAUACCUUUCUCAGGAGAACUAACAGAUUCCAUAGGCCAUUUGAAGUUUCUUAAAGGCUUAAAUCUCAGAAAUUGCCAAUUUGAAGGUCCUAUACCUCCAGGUUUCAAGAAUCUCACACAACUCAUUAGUUUGGACCUUUCCUCAAACAAAUUGAGUGGUGGGGUCCCAUUCCUUUCAACACUUGCAAAUCUCACUUACUUAUAUCUUUCUAAUAAUAGUUUUAGUGGUCAACUCCCAUCAUCACUCGGAUACCUUGAAUGUCUCCAAUUCUUAGAUCUUUCAAUGAAUAAUUUUAGUGGCGGAAGACCAGAUGUGUUUGGAAAGCUAAGUAAAUUAUUAAUGUUGGACCUUUCCUCAAAAAAAUUGAGUGGUGGGGUCCCAUUCCUUUCAACACUUGCAAAUCUCACUUCCUUAUAUCUUUCUAAUAAUAGUUUUAGUGGUCAACUCCCAUCAUCACUCGGAUACCUUAAAUGUCUCCAAUUCUUAGAUCUUUCAAUGAAUAAUUUUAGUGGUGGAAUACCGGAUGUGUUUGGAAAGCUUAGUAACUUAUUAGGGUUGGACCUUUCCUCAAACAAAUUGAGUGGUGGGGUCUCGUUCCUUUCAACACUUGCAAAUCUCACUUCCUUAUUUCUUUCUAAUAAUAGUUUUAGUGGUCAACUUCCAUCAUCACUCGGAUACCUUAAAUGUCUCCAACUCUUAGAUCUUUCAAUGAAUAAUUUUAGUGGUGGAAUACCAGAUGUGUUUGGAAAGCUAAGUAAAUUAUUAAUGUUGGACCUUUCCUCAAACAAAUUGAGUGGUGGGGUCUCAUUCCUUUCAACACUUGCAAAUCUCACUUCCUUAUAUAUUUCUAAUAAUAGUUUUAGUGGUCAACUCCCAUCAUCACUUGGAUACCUUGAAUGUCUCCGAUCCUUAGAUCUUUCAAUGAAUAAUUUUAGUGGUGGAAUACCAGAUGUGCUUGGAAAGCUUGGUGAAUUGCGAUAUUUGGAACUAAAUGACAAUAAUUUCAAUGGUCAAGUGCCUUCAUCCCUUUUGAAUACAAGUGUCACAUUUCUUGAUCUUAGCUUCAACAAAUUACAAGGAAACCUCCCAAUUCCAUUCUUUAGAGCUGAAUUUUUUGCAAUCUCAAACAAUAAAUUUAAGGGAGAUAUUUCCUUUCUAUUUUGCAAUGCAAGCUCACUUGAGAUACUCAACUUGUCUCACAACAACUUUUGUUUAGAACAUUAA